UGAAUGAAAGGUAUGGCAGGAGUGUUGUGUUGGCUUGGCUGACCGUCUGCGGUUGUGCGGCGGUGAGAGGGAGUUUUGGGAGCGCAGAGCGGGCGUUGCUGCCGAAAUCCCUGAGAAAUGUUCGUUUUGGAUCCGUGUCCGUGCUUACAUACCGCCCUCCCGACUGUCUCUCAUUCUCCGUUUCAUUUUUCCCUCUUAAGGUUUAACUUAAAAGUUAUGAAAUGGGGAGUCAAAAUACAUCACUUGAAAGCACCGCAGCUCUGAAGGGUGUGUGUGUGUGUGUGUGUGUGUGUGUGCACUGCCCUCCACCCUCCAUCCUGAGGCCACUGAGGCUGCAGGUUAUCUUCAGGAGAGAUAAUGGAGGGCAAGAAGUCCGCUUUUUAAGACAGAUGUUCACUUGACUGAGGCAGGUGUCUUUGUUUUGUGGAAAUCUUUAAAACGAAAGCUUUGCCACUUUCUCUUUCUGUCACAUUUUGCUCACUUUAAAAUCUUCAAACGAAUGAAUUCCUCUCCUCUCUGACAUCAUUCAAAUAGUUUCCUAUGCAUUUACUUGUUUCAGGUAUGACCACAAAACAAAUAUUAGUUGAAACAAGACGCAAUAGUUCCAAAAAGAGAAUUGCCUGAGUCGUGGAAAGAAACAAGUUGCUUUUUUUUUGCGUUGUAAACAAAAUGAAAUUAUCUCACCUCAUUAGCAGAUGUUUUUCACAUACAACGGAACACUUGUUAAAAUUGAUAUUUUGUGCAGUGUAAGUUGGGUCGGCAUCGCAUAGCGACUGACUAAUCCCAUUUUGAUCCAAUAAGUGUGCAUGUGCGUGUGUGUGCGAGGCAGAGAGAGAGAGAGAGAGAGAGAGAGAGGUGGGAGGGAGUGAGGAGAGGAGAGGAGAGGAGAGGAGGGAGGGAGGAUUGAUCCGCGUCUGUUAAAAUCUUGUUCUGGUUUUUCUUGGAGUGAGGUCUGUGCCUGCCGACGCGCCUCUCCUGUGCAGCCCCCCUCAAGAAGAAGAGCUUUUUAUGGAAAGGAAACCUUGGAAUUUUUGAAAAGGAGAGAAGGAAUCUGCAUAAUACCAGAGAAGUGGAUAAAGAAACCGCACGGUUCUGUUUGCGUUCUCUUCUUGCGUUUUUUCUCCUCUGGUGUCUGAAUGAAACAGGGAGGUCAAAUAUAAAAGGGAAGAGGAACGGUGCAGGUUCUGGACUGGGAGUCGAUCUGUCAGUGUGAUUUUUGGGGUAAACACGUCUCCAGAGCGCUCGUUUUGAACUUUUAUUUCUUCAGAAAGCUCGACUCCUCUCCUCUUGGAGUUCGCUUUUCUCGGAACGAGGAGACUUUCGUGUUUUUUCCCCUCUUCAGGGAAACUGCUUAAACUUUCUACGUUUAAAAAAAAUAAAUAAAAAGAUCGGAUUGCAUCUCCCCCCCCCCUCUUCAAACAUUUCGGAGGUGAUGUCAUCGUGCUGUGUUUUGGCUGGUAUUGUGUCGAGAGGGCGCAGAGAGGACUGCUGCAGCCAAGCGGUAACAACCAGAGGCUGAGUCCGGAAAAUCAGGUGCAAAGUGCGGCUGUCAUUUCCUCGCUGUGUCGCGGGUGGCUGAGUCCGCCACCCAGUCCCAGCUGUUCCCAUCCUCUCCUCUCCAACCACCCCCUCCCUCCCUCUCCCUCCCUCUAGUCUUUCUUUCCCCCUUUAUUAUCCCCUCCCAUUUUCAUUCAGCACUCUCCCAUAUACCCCUCUGAGCUGGACCGCUCUGGGACCUUAUCAUCAUCCUCUCUGUCGGACACUGUUGGUCGGUGUCACCUGAGUCACCACAGACAGACCCGUUGAGGGACGCAGUCAUGACCGAGGAGGCAGUCCUGCAUUACCCUGCGCCUGCAGCAGAGCCUCCGUCUCCAGCUCGCCGUCUGCUCCAUCAGCCAGCCCAGGUAGCCCACCUCCAACAGCUCCUGAGCCUGCUCUGCUGGGACUAAAACCUUGCCCUGCUACUCCUAUCUAUCUGUGCAGGAACAAACACUCCACCACUUUUCUUUUAUUAUCUCACCGACUGAAUUCUUGCCGUUACGCAUUGGAUUACGCAGAAGAUUACGCACGAACCGCAUCUCUCCAAAGGGCCGAGCAUCACUUCUGAGGGUCAACAAGGUCGUUUGGGGUUGGUUUAUCUGUGUGACGCGUGAGCGCGCUUUCACCUGUUCCUCUCUUUCUCGGAGACGCGCAGGUUUUUAAAGCCCAAAACCUUCCCCCUUUUGCUCCCCCGCCCAUCCGUCUCUCCACCGCCACCGGUCGGUCUGGACAGCUGUUAGAGGUUGCCCGGCGGUCACAGUGGCACAUUUACCCACGCCGGGAGAACCGGGGCACUGCAGCCGCCGAUGCCAACAAGAGUGUCCGCUGACUCUUUGACUCUGCACAACAUCCAGCGGAUUCACAACACACAGAGGGGAACUCUCUCCAGGACUGUCGGACUGGCUCAGACCGAGCGAGGAGACUGUCUCUGGGACAAGUUCCAUAGUGGAGGGGGGAAGCAAUGUGGUCCCUUCUUUCCACGCUGACCGUCUUAUGUAUCCAGAUGUUGCUGGUGAUGUGCAAUCCAUUACAGGUACUUGGUGUGGAUGGAGUCAACUUCAGCGUGCAUGUGGAGAACCAGACGCAGGUGCGAGACACCAUGAGUCGGCGACACCACCGGGUCUACCAGCUCUACAGCCGCACCAGUGGCAAACACGUCCAGGUGCUGGGACGCAGAAUCAGCGCUCGAGGAGAAGAUGGAGACAAAUUUGCCCAGCUCGUAGUGGAGGCCGAUACCUUUGGUAGCCAGGUGAGAAUCCGGGGCAAAGAAACCAAUUUCUACCUGUGCAUGAAUCGCCGCGGCAAGCUGGUAGGAAAGAAGGCCAGUAAUCGAAGCGAUGACUGCGUCUUUGUGGAAAAGGUUCUGGAAAACCACUACACAGCUCUGAUGUCGGCGCGCUACACAGGCUGGUAUGUGGGCUUCACUAAAAGAGGCCGUCCUCGCCGUGGCCCGCACACGCUCCCCAACCAGCAGGAUGUACACUUCAUGAAGCGCUUCCCGCCCGGGGAGCAGCCCGACCUCACCACCCCCUUUCGCUUCACCACCGUCAGCAAGCGGGGCAAGCGGGUGCGUGCUACCGGGCCCCGCUAGUAGUGGCUAACGCUAGCACCCACUGUCUUCUUGUCAUCCAAAGCCUUGACUUGAGCCUGCCAAUGGCUAACCCAGUCAUCUCCUCUGUCGCACACGACUGAACACCUCCCUUUGUUGGGACAAACAUUGACCAGAAACUUGAUGAAUCAUUCAUGGGGUUAAGCUUUACGCCUACUAAUUUGCCACUACAACCCCAUAGUUAGUGAUCAUUCCUCUCAAUUUUAGUUCCCUUACUGGGCCAACUGGACCAUUACUAGUUCAUCGCUGGAAGCUCUAUGGACUGCUCUAUGCUUCCCUUCAUAGGCCAGAAAUACUGACAGGGAACCUAAAGGGCAGCCAGAGUCCCAGGCUGUACGAAGGCCUCUUAUUCCACAACCACAAAAACCACAAGGCCUUCGUGUCUCCUGUUCUGGACCAGCUGGACAAUGUCAAGUAUGGGAUUACAACUGGACCAUACAGAGAGAGAACAAGGGUGGGAAAGACUGACUGAACAAGAAAGUGGGUGCUUAGCCUACGAAUAAAGGGAAAACAGGAAGGAGAGGACAGGAAAACGGCAGAGUGGACAAAGGGAUUGAGUGAUCUGCACAGAUCAAAUGGACCAAUAAUGGACAUGUGACGCACUUAUUUGUCUCACUGCUAAAUUGGUGUGAACCUGUGAGACUGUCGGAUGAAUGGAUGACAAAAGGAUGAAUGAUCGAGUGAGUGACUUACUGAAUAAACGCAUGUUUGUAAGAACAAGAAGACGAGGAAAUGUAUGUAAGAGUGUGUGUGUGUGUGUGUGUGUGUGUGUGUGUGUGUGUUUGUUUGUGUGUGAGUGAGUGCACCAACAACCAUGAGUGAAGCUGGAUCACGAGGGACUCUGGAAAGGGACCAUCCAGUCCCUGCAUGAACCCGUGACAACUCACCGCAGGGACUGAAGCUUUAGGAACUGGAAUGUAUAAAAACCAAGCUGCACCAAAAACAGCCAGCCAAUCACAGCAAACCAAACCGACGACCAACCAAAGACAACUGGAGACCUUCUUCAUGACCACCACCCCCCCAUCCCCCAGGACACUACACCCUCAGCUUAUAGGUGCAGAGGAUGACGAGCGCAGGGGCGAGCAUGGCGGGGAGGGUGCCUUGUCUAUUAGCAUUGCUAUAGAAACGACCCGGGGGAUGAUGCUCCCGUGCGAUACCGUGGAUACAGAAUGCUGCUACCAGGACAUUCAGUGGAACAAACCAAAGUCUCAUGCAUAAACACAGGAGAAAAAAUAUUAAAGGGAACAAUUUAUUGAAAGUUAUAUAUAUUAUAUAUAUAAAAGAAGACAGAAACCCUAAAUAAGCAAUCUUACUAUGAUGGUUAUUAUAAUUAUUACGAUAAAAUUAUUUCAUUUAUUUAUUUCAGCUCUGUGUGCAGCAGUCUUUCUCGACUCAGUAAACCUUACAGAAACAU